GGCACUUUGCUGUAGGGAGGUGGGGUCAUGAAGCUCCAGCUGUCCAUGUCUUUGCUGUCAGAUAGCAUUGACACCCACAGUGUGUUUGGGUAACAAGUCAGAGUUGGUUGUUGCUAAACAGUAACAGAGCUGAGACUUCACAAGGAAACAGAUAGAAAAAUGCAGCUUUUUGUGGUUCUACUUCCUCUGUUUUUAUGUUUUCAGAAGACUCCUGGCGUUGGUGCUUUUGUUUCACUUUCUGCCUGUGGACAUUGUAAUGAAGAUUUUUGUGACUCUGUUACUUGUGCUGCCCCAGAGCUGCUCACCAAGGAUGAGUGUGGGUGCUGUGACAGAUGCCUUAGUGUGGAAGGAGAAGUGUGUGGGGGACAGGAUGAAAGCAGGGCUCGCUGUGCCCCUGGUAUGGUAUGUGUGAGCAGACCCAGCUUUGGCACAGGGGCAUCUUCAUUCUCUGAUGGUACAGGAGUCUGCUUGUGUGAAGAGGAUGGUGCUGUGUGUGGCUCAGAUGGGAGGACCUACUCCAGUGCUUGUGUUCUGCGUCUGCAAAGCUGGAAGUCCCAACAUCAAGGCACGGGUUCAAUCCACAAGACCCACGAUGGGGAAUGCAAGUUUGCUCCUUUGAUCAUUGCUUCACCAAGGAAGAUUCGCAAUGUCACUGGAUCCCAAGUUUACUUAUCAUGUGAAGUAAAAGCAGUCCCAACCCCCAUCAUCACUUGGAAAAAGGUCACAGAGUCUCCACAAGGAAUAAAACUGUUUGAGGAGUUGCCAGGAGAUAGAAUAAAUGUUGCAGUCCAAGUCCGUGGUGGUCCCUCUCGUCAUGAAUGCACUGGCUGGGUUAUGAUCAGUCCACUGACGAAAGAAGAUGAAGGUACAUACCAAUGUCAUGCAACCAAUAUGGUUGGAGAAACAUGGGCUGAUGGAUCUAUAAAAGUCACCGAGCAUAAUGCUCGUAGGAUCAAGAGACGAAACCACGGUGGUUCUGCAAGUAAGGUGUAAUGAGGUACAAAGCAAGAGACCCCGGUGGAUUUCCUGAAUUUUUAAUGCUGUAUAAGAAGACUUAAUAAUUUUAUACUGAUUUUUUUUUAAUGUUUUUUAUACAAACAUAUGUAAAAUAUAUGUCAUUUACGCUUCCAAAAAUCAUUGGCUUCAGAAGCACCUUUAAGUUAACUUUUAGUAUGAUGCAUUAACAAUGCAGAUAUUGACAUUUGCAAUUUGUCAUUUUAUGUGGUUGUUGAAUUAUUUAGUGUUUGUUCAGCAGCUCUCCAGUUUGGAUUUUUUUGCAGCUAUAUGGUUGCUAUGGUCCAAUUUACCCUAGGAACCAGGCAGUAGUUUGAAUAAGAGAUUGGAAUAUGAUUAGGUUAAAGGCCUGAACAGAAAGAUAAGCAAUAAGAAAAUAACAAUAACAUUGUUGCAUAACAGAGCAAUAGUUUAUUUGCUGGCAGGGUGUGUAACCCCCCAAAAAGAAAACCAGUAAUUCAAAAACUAUAAAAAGAAAACUAAAAAAUCAGUAAUAUUCAAAAGUGAAAAUUGUAUUUACAUUUAAAAAUUCUGUCAUCCAGCAGCUAUAUCUUAGCACCAAAUUAUUUGCUUAUAAUGGAAACUAUGGGAAAUGGCCUUUCCGUAAUUUGGAUCUUUCAGGAUAACAGGUUUCCAGAUAGUGGAUCCCAUAUCCGUACUAUAGAGUGUCAGACUGGCCCACCUGGAUACCAGGAAAACUCCCGGUGGGCCUAGGUGUCAGUGGGCCCUCCUGCUUCUAACUAUUUAGCCUAUUUCAUGGUCAUUCCCUAUUUCUGUAUGGGAACAAGGCAGCUUGAUAGAUGGAAGAAUAGAGUAUAGUAUGUAGAGUAAAGAGACUAGGAUAAUAAAGAGUUUGAGGGAGGAGAGGAGGAAUUAACAUUCUAAGAGUGUGCCCAUGGUCCAGGGUUUUCUGGUGGGCCCCUGCCAUCUCAGUCCGACACUGAUACUAUAAGUAAAAUUAAGAAUUUUUCAAUUCCUGAAAUAGUUAUUUUAUAUCUGCGUUGGUUUACAAUGUGCAACUUGGUUUAUAAUACUGAAGACUCUGUUCAAAUAUUUGCUAAUGGUGCUGUUAUUAAGCAUGCUGCAUAUUUCUAAUAGAACAAAGACACUGACAUACAGCAGAAGUUAAUAUCAAUUUUAAUUUGUCUGUAAAACAUCACUGGUUUGUACAUGAUAAUUAAGUUCUUAGUCAUCAAUAGUAAAAAAAAAUCUGCUUGAAUUUUGCAUUUCUGGCUUUUAAAAUCAUCAAAUUAAAUACUUAUCUAAAUUC